AUGGCCUCAGAAGUCAGAAAUGUCUCCCACGGUGUGAGUGACUUCAUCCUGUUGGGCUUCCCUUGCCGCUGGGAAAUACAGCUCUUCCUCUUUUUCAUAUUCUUUGUGACUUAUAUCCUGACUCUUCUGGGAAAUAUGGCCAUUGUAUGUGCAGUGCACUGGGAUCGCAGGCUCCAUACCCCCAUGUACAUCCUACUGGCCAACUUUUCCUUCCUGGAGAUCUGCUAUGUCAACUCUGACGUACCCAACAUGCUGGCCAACUUCCUCUCCAAGACCAAAACCAUCUCCUUCACUCGAUGUCUCCUCCAGUUGUACUUCUUCUUCUCACUGGGCACAACUGAAUGCCUAUUCCUCUCUAUCAUGGCCUAUGACCGGUUCCUAGCUAUCUGCCGUCCCCUGCACUACCCCACGGUCAUGACUGCUAAGUUCUGUAAAAGUCUGGUCAUCUUUUGUUGGGUGUAUGGCUUCCUCUGGUUUCUAAUCCCAGUGAUACUAGUUACUCAGCUGCCAUUCUGUGGCCCAAAUGUGAUUGAUGACUUUCUGUGUGACCUGGGUCCCCUGCUGGCCUUGGCUUCGGCCUGUGUCCCUAUCCCAGGAACUGUUCUCAUCUGUGGCACCAUGAGCUCCCUCCUCAUCUUUGCCACCUUUUUCUACAUUAUUGGCUCAUACACCUUGGUGCUGAGGGCUGUUAUCCAAGUGCCUUCAGCUGCUGGCAGAAAGAAGGCCUUCUCCACCUGCUCUUCACAUCUGGCUGUGGUCUUUCUGUUCUAUGGAUCUGUCAUGAUAACAUAUGUAAGCCCAGGGUCAGGACAAGCAGAGGGCAUGCAGAAAUUCACUACUUUGUUCUAUUCUGUUUUGACCCCGUUUUUCAACCCUAUGAUCUAUAGCCUCCGAAAUAAAGAGAUGAAGGAUGCCUUAAAAAAAGUACUAGGAGUUUCCUAG